UAGAUACACAUUCACAGCCCGAUGUUUUCUGGCUCUGGCUCUAGCUUACACCGAAGUAUUCUACGAUUACAUGAGAGAGUCGUAUAAUAGGUUGUAACGAACAAUAUUCAGGAUCUUGUUUCAGUAAAAUAUGGGUGCCAUAUAUGUAUAUAUAUAACUUCGUAGGGUUCGAAUAAUUAACCGCUAUGGACGACACUACAGUAGUCAAUCUUGCGCCUGACUAUGGGCCUCCGGCCAGCUCGAAUACGGCCGAUGAUCACGUGCAUACAGAGUCUGCGGCUGACAGUCCAACAAAGACACAAAAAAGACCGGCAAUCGAUCACUUAGAUAAGGAUGUCGCUUCCAAAGUACCUCGUUCGGACCCAGCGUCUAAUCACAAAUCACCAGCACAAAGUACUAAUGUUGGCGAGCACACCCCAGAUACUAAUAUUUCUGACAAUCUAAAUGAUACGGGAAUGAAUGAUCAUGAUACUACGGAUCCUCCCGAGUUGCAGGAUAACAACCUUGAGCCGAACCCCUUUACAAACAACGUAGCCAGCCCUGUGGCUGCAACUGCAAGCGAAACUCAACCAAGCACAGGGGAUAUUGUAGGUCCUGAUGAGAUAGGUGUAUUAAGAAAAGUAAUAGAAUCUCAGGUUAAUGGAGUGCCACACAGUGUAGAUCAUGAUAGAGUCGAUACCAUGGAUGUGAGAGUACCUCAGGUGACUGUAUUAGCCGAGGGACCACAGCAUGAUAGUAACAAUGAUAAUGUAGGUGUUUCCGCGGAUGGGAGUGAAUUGGAUCAGAUGUCUAAUACCCCGCACUCUGCAGGGAGUGAUACUGACGAAGAAUCUCGGGGAAAUAUAUUGGAGCAGAGUAUAGAACAUGACAAUGCAGAUGCAGACGCGGAGGAGAGUAUAGUAGACCAGAUAUCCGCGGAGCAACAGUCUGUAAGGAGUGAUACGGAAGGGGGCUGUACGUCCCAACAAGAGCCGCGGUCACCGCAGCAAGAAUCAGAUCGGAUUACAGAGGAGAGUGGGGGUGCGCAUGAAGUCCAUGAGAAUGGGACCGAGUCACAUGAUGUAGAUUAUAUAGGUCCAGGCUUGCAACUGAACGGGCAGGUGUUGCCGACAACGCACGUGGCGCAUGAGGGUAUAGUGUUUGAAUCUCCGGGACCGCUCAGCGCAGGGGUUGACCCAGUGCUUGGGUCGAGUAAAGGCACAUACAUAUUAUCUGCAGAGUACACCCAGGUGAACGAACUUGGAUAUCUGAACUCGCCCAAAUUCUUUCACUCGGGGUCACAGACAGCCAGACAGUCGCAAAGUGCGAUAGAGCAGUUAUCUGCAGAUGCCACAAAAAUCAACACAGUGGGUACAGGCGCGAGCAUGCACACAGAAACAGGCAUAAACUUGUCCGGACCAGGCGUUGGCCCACAGCUACUGUCGCAUACUCCAGGCCAUCGCAACGGCACGAAUAUAAACACACACACGCACGGAACAUACGAACCUAGUGGGGCACAAGAGUAUGUCCGCGAGGAUGCACAGCCACACAGCGGCAUUCACUUACACGAACAGGACUCCGCACACACACACAUAGAGUAUGGGGCGAGCGAGAAGCCCUACUUAGAACCGCUAACCCUCACAGACACAUACACAACACUACACACCACACAGGCACCCGCAUACAUGCACAUACACGAACCUAUGCCCGGGCCCACAAACUCGUUUGACGACGUGAACGCGCACUACUACGUUGACGACAACACGCCCAAGAGCCAAUUGGUCGAUAUGCUCCAUGGCCUCAAUACAGUCGGCACCAGAGACGAGCUGCUAGCCCGUGUGCUCAGGUUACAGCGGAAUGAGCUGGAGCCGGGGGAUUUACUAGUAGACUAUACUGCGUUGGCGAGUAAGGGUCGAUCGGCCGCGAUCAAGGUGGCCAGGGCGAUGGGACUGGAUGUGGAGAAGAUGGCGCUCUCUCUGAAUGAUAUAGUGGACUUGUUGUUCACCACACACCACAAGAAUCUGUCGGACGCGCAUCAGCACACACUCGCGCUGCAUAGGAACUGGAGCACCGCGGAAGGGGUGUCUGCGAAGGAGUACAAUUGGAAAUGGACGCAGAAGUAUAUUGACAGCACCCGUCCAGAAAAGUCACGAGGCCAGGCCCAAUCAACCGAUGCUGACCUGUGGUCCGAUGCCGAUCUGCACCGGUUACCCACCAAGGAUAUUCGCGUUAUGCUCGAAGGCUUGAAUACCUUCGGGAGCAAAGAGGAAUUGGUAGAGCGAGUAGACCGGGCCAAACGGGACGAAUUGAUCAUGGACGAUAUAUUCGUGGACUUCAAUCUCUAUGCGGCGCAGGGGAACACGGACAAGGUGUUUAGUAGAGCCCGCCUGAUGGGCGUAUUUGCGGGCGUGGAGGACGUGAAGCAGUUGACUACGCCUGAGGUUGUGCGUAUGAUGUUUGAACACCAGCAUGCGAAUAUCACGCUCAGAGACCACGAGCGUUUGGCCGAGUUUCGGGGCUGGAAUGCAGAUGAUGACGACGAUGCCAAGCGCUUCAACAAGAAAUGGACGGAGGUGCACUGUUUGAAGGGUGUUAAAUUGCGUGAGCGUAGACCUGUAGGCAAACCCACCUUGCACGAUCAGGGACCUGAUACUACAGGAACAGGUGCAACCACAAACGGGUUCGCACAGGCACACGCUACUGAGUACGCACAUGCGACCCACAUAUCGGACCGGCAUUCAGGAGAGGGCUCGAAUGGUUUGGAUUCAAGAACUGGUCUAGCUCAAGGGUCCUACCAUAGUUCGACGCAUGGGGGUGACACUCAUAUGCAGGGGCAUAGAUCGAACACCAUGCCUUUCGCAACGGCAAAUCGCAGGGAUGGGCGGGAUGACCGAAGCUCGAACACACAUAUGAGCGAUGGGGACGGGCUACCUAUGCUGAGCACAGCGGGGCUUUCGCGAGACAGUAUGCCGAGUCGAGGACAUGCACACACAGAUAUGUCCAACCCUGAUGGCCUCAAGGCACACACGAGGGGGAUGUUUUCCGAACCACAGAUACCGCUAGUGGUCGAUCCCUACCAAUUGGGCGCCUCGCUGCGAACCCAAGAUGGCGAGAGUGUGCACAAGCUCUCUAAGGCGCGUAUACGGCAGUUGCUGACGGGCUACAACACCAGCGGGAACAAGGAAGAGUUGGUGGCACGGCUGGGGCGAGCGAUGACCAACCAGCUUCACCCGCAUGACGUGUUCGUGGACUAUACCACCAUCGCGCACAAGUCCAAAACCGUAGCCAAGGCGAUCGCUAAUGAGCUGGGUCUGUGCACUGUGGACAAGUCCGGGGGCCCCAUGACGGUCCCGGCUAUUAUCGACCUGCUCUUUGACCACCAGUACAUGGUUAUGAAGGACGAGGAUCACGUGAAGCUGGCGGCAUACCGGGGCUGGUCUGCUGAGAAUGCGGCGGGCGAGAGUGCGCAACAAUACAACCGCAGAGUUACCCGCGAGUAUGUGGAGGGCACACGGCUAAAGACCUGUCGCAAGGAGAGCCGAUCCGACAUUGAGCCGUUGGCGCCACCGUCCCCCAGCACGAAGUUUGUGGAUUAUACGUCAAAUGCGUACCAGAAACUGUCUAAAACGGAGUUGUGCGAGUUGGCUGUCAAGAUGGGUCUGGACGAGACCAUAGUAGGCCGGAAAACCAAGAAACCCAAGACGGCGGAGCUGAUUGAUUUCUUAUUCAAACGCCAACAAGAACUGCACUCGGACGCGAAACAUGAGAGCAUAGCGCUGACGCGAGGGUGGACAGAGGCCCACGCUGAUGAACUGAGUGCCAGGGAAUUCAAUGACAAAUGGGUGAGCAAGUACGUGGAAUUAUCGCGUAUGCCGAAGGAUAGUCUCAACCGGCUGGCGUGCACCGCGCUGCCGGACGCGCGAGACCUCACCACCAGACAGAAGCAGCACGCACUCGCCAACCACUAUGCACUGGAGCGCGAGACUAGCCUGACACCGGUCAACACGCUACGAGAGUUGUUGAAGGGCCUGAACAUCUUUGGCGAGCGAGAAGAACUCGUGCUGCGGCUGGACAGGGCCAACCGCAAUUGUCUGGAAGUGGACGAUGUGUUCUUUGAUUUCUGCUGUCUCACGUCCCAGCCCAAAGCUAUGGCGGUGGAGAUGGCGAAGGUUGUCGGGGUCAGUGUGGAAGUACGGGGGAGGAGCCUGACCCUGCCACAGAUCAUUGACGCGCUAUUUCGGCAACAGCAAGACGAUACAAGCGAUGAACACCACGUUGUAUUGGCUACCCACCGCGGUUGGUCACCCGAAACGCACCCGGAACAGGACGCGCGCGAGUUUAACGAGGGUGUCUUAAACGAGCACAUCUCGGCAAACAAGGUCAAAACCUUUGCCCGUGAGCGGGGCAACCCCACGGUUGUAGACUCCUUCGGGUUUGUGGACUAUACGUCGGCCACGUACACGAAGCUGUCCAAGCCGGAACUGACCGAGCUGGCACAGAGCAAGGGCCUGGAGGUGGUUGGCGAGGAUGGGAAGAAGCUCAAGACCGUGGAGAUCAUAGACCUCCUGUUUGCGGCGCAGCAUCAGGAGCUGAGCGAUAGCUGUCACACGCAGAUCGCCAUUAGUCGCGGGUGGACGGCUGAGAGUGGCAUGGAGGCGAUCGAGUUUAACCGGCGGUGGACACAGCACUAUGUGAUGUACGCGCGAAUGGCGCGGGGUGACUUUACCGCUCACUUUAUGCAGGUUUUGCCACAUCUCGAGAAUCUGGCGCUGAAACCGCGCCAGUACGCGCUGGCAACGCACGACGCGCUGGAGUGCGAUUAAAGCAGAUGGCAGAUGCUGGCACAUAUAUCAUACAUACACUACACACGCAACACAAGACAGUGGCCAUUGUCAGCGUACCACGCGCUGGAUUGAGACUGAAGCAGAUUUACAUAUGAACAGCAACGAAUUGUUUACCCCUUAUGCUGAGAUGGAGAUUCUGGCAGUGAAGCCGCGGCAGUACACCCUGGUAAACCAAGAUGCCUUGAGGGACGAUUGAGGCGGAUAUCGGAAUGACGCACACGUAUAUCAUACACACUUUGUGUACACGGCGAAGAACUUAAACCCCUUUAUCUAGAGGUUGACAGCACACACAGCACACUGACGCGUUCGAAUACGCUUGGGAAUUGUGAAACACCCUGUAUAUGUACGGAAAUAUCAGCCAUUCCCGACAGAGUACAAUCAGAUUAAGAAGACAAUAUCUCCAUGUACAUAUAGAUCAGCACACAAAACAUACACAACGGAGGGUACGACCCUUUUUUUUCUGGGGUCGAGGUCUACGAGUGGAGUGGUCAGAUGUGUGCGUAUGGAAUAUUGUUUAUCCCCGACAGAGCAUAUGCAGAGCGCCAUAUCACAUAGAUGAAUCAUUCAGUACGACAACAGACUUCAGAUGUUACAUACGUAUUUAAUUAAAGUGCACAUGUGGUGAGUGAGCGCUGGUCAGCUCCUUACCGCCAGGUAUUUUCACCAUG